AUGUGCACAGCUGAAGCAACUGCGUCUCUGCUCCAAGUAGAAGAAACCUUCUCAGCAUGCCUGGCACGGAUAGAUGCCCUCAUCCUCAAGCCUCUGCUCCAGGCAGAGCCUAGUGACCAGAAAGGAAAGGAGAACUUUAAGCUCCUCCUGCUCCUGAAUGAUCGAUUUCAAGCUCUCUGGAACCUCACAGAAGAAAAUUACCGGAUACUGAAACAAAAAUGCAGCACCUCUGAGUCACUCUGCAUCCAGGACAUUUACACUGUCUGGAAAGGAGACCUGUUUUUGAGCCUCUACAUCCAAUAUUUCGUCACUUUUGCAAACUACGUCGUGGUCCACGGCUUUGAACAUGCCACAAAGAGCAAAAGUGAAGCCUGGAAGCACCAUAAGACCGUGCUGAAACAAUUCCUCACAGACUUCACCUCUGAGACCUCCAUGUCACUGGCCUUGUACACUGUUCUUCACAAACCUAUCCGAGAUCAUAUCGAACAAUAUAUACAGCUCCUUACCAAGCUCAAUGAGGUUCUCAAGGAGGGCUCUGAAAAGGACGUGGUUACCAGCGCCAUCGAGGAAUAUGUGAAGCUGGAGUCUUUCAUCAGCCAGGUCCUGGAUGAAGCUUGUUUUACCAAGUCCUUAUGGAAAUCCUUGGGCUACAAAUUCACAGACAUGCUCUGUGUACCUGAAAGGAGGCUGCUGGAAGAUAGCAAAAACCUUCCCAUCUCCGCCAGCACAAAUCGAUCAGACCGGAUCUUGCUCUUUGAUGAUGUCCUCGUGCUAAUUCAGGGAAACAGCUUUCAGAGUUUUGAUCUGAAGCUUGUGUGGGUAGAUGAAAACUGCAGGGAGAAAUCAGCUCCAGGACUGUAUGGACUCCGCAUUAUAACCCCAGAAGAAACAUUCUUUCUCUCUGCCAAAGAUCCGCAGAUGAAGGCUGUUUGGCAGUGGAAGUUGAACCAGGCUGUCCGCCAGGCACUGAACGGGAAGCGGGAUUUCCCACUAUGGGGCAAGACCGGUGAAGGCACCGAGCCCCCAUCCUGCCGCUUCUUCACCUAUGUCUUCAGGCUGGAGGGCAAGUUCAAGAGCGCAGCCUACGAGGGCGAGUGGCACUGGGGAAAGCCACAUGGCAAGGGGACACUGAAGUGGCGUGACGGACGCAACCAUGUUGGAGAUUUCAAAGAGGGCUUGGAGCAUGGGUUUGGAAUAUGCCUUGUCCCGCGCCGAUCUGAAGACCGGUAUGACUGCUAUAAGUGCCACUGGUACGAGGGCAAGAUGAGAGGCUAUGGAAUCUGUGAGUAUGGGAACGAUAUGGUCUACAAAGGUUACUUCAAAAACAACGUGCGUCAAGGGUUUGGGAUACUAGAGAACCUCUCAGCUGAGCAUCCGUUUAAAUACACAGGACAGUGGGAAAAUGACAAGAAGAAUGGAUAUGGAGUGUGGGAAGACAAAGAUAGAGGGGAGAGAUACAUAGGGACAUGGCUUGACGAUCACAAACAUGGACAAGGCAUUGUAGUAACCCAGUCAGGUGUCUGCUAUCAAAGGACAUUUCAUGCGGAUAAAAUGGUGGGUUCUGGGAUUCUGCUCUUGGAAGAUGACUCUGUCUAUGAAGGGAACUUCACGGAAGAUCUAACGUUUGUUGGAAAGGGAAAGCUGUCCUUUGCCAAUGGCUUCAUUCUGGAGGGAACCUUUACUAACAAAUCGGGCCAAGGCCUUCAGACGCACGGCAUCCUGAACACGUCGAACGAGCAGCUGGAUGACAGGAUAACCAAAGCUCAGCUGGGCCUGGAGGAGUUCCCAGUGGAGAAGAGAUGGAAGGGAAUCUAUGACCAGUUCCUGGAGUUCAUCCAUUCUGGCUGCAAAGAAGAAACGGAGGAGUCUUUCACAGGGUUCCACAUACAAACGAGCAAGGAGCUGCGGAAAUCUCAGGAGUACCUCUUCUGCCACAGGGGGACUGAGGAUGUAUCCUGGAAGAUAGAAGAUAUUCUUGAAGAGCUUGUCCAGCACCAGGGGCUGGAGUCACUACAGAGUUAUUUAGAGAAGGCAUUGAAAUCUUCCCUAAACCCACUACUGGGAAAGCUGCUGAAGGCCUUGACGAUAGCUUUUCAGGCAACGUAUUCUGGGAUUGGGGCCAACAGACACUUGCUGACUAUGGCACAAGAGGAAGUCAAGUACUACGCAAAGAAAAUAUGGGAGUUUUACCAGGGUUUGCUCCAUCUGGCGCUGGAACAGAAAGGCCAACUGCCCACAAAGUGUGUGGAUGGAGACAUGAGCGACCAGAAGGCAUGCAGCGUGGUCCUGCCGCUGAUCUUGCCCUGCUUCUACCCUGAACUUUUCAUGCUUUACAUGCUCUAUCACGAAAGAGAAGAUGACCUCUACUGCCAAGGGAUCGUGGACCUAAGUCUAUUUCCUGACAUCAAGCUGCUAGAAUUUCUGGAUGUGCAGAAACACCUCUGGCCUCUGAAAGAUCUCACCCUGACAACCAACCAGAGGCGGUCCCUCAUCAAAGACAAGUGUUUCCUCUCUGCCACAGAGUGUUUGCAGAAGCUGAUCACCACGGUGGAUCCCCGGGAGAAGCUGGUGAUCCUCCAGAAGACGUAUGAGGAGAUAGAGAGCACAGUGUCCCGCGUAGUGGAGAAGGACUACAAGCUCCCUAUGGAUGACCUGUUGCCCCUACUGAUGUAUGUUGUAUCCCGAGCAAAAAUACAGCACUUGGGAGCUGAAAUCCAUCUGAUCCGAGACUUGAUGGACCCCACCAAUCAAGGAGGACUGUAUGACUUUCUGUUAACAGCAUUGGAGUCGUGCUACGAACACAUACAGCGGAUGAGACUCCACCAAAGGGAGAACUGCCAGGUGACUCACAGCUCCUGAGCCCCAGGACCUGACGGGAGCCUCCUCUUUGCUGCACUUUCUUGACCAAACACUAUUGGAUGAAGAAGCAAUCAAGACACUGCUGUUCCAGCUGCCUUCAAAAAGGGAAAAACGGUUAUUUAUCAGAUGAGGGUUUCUCACGUGGUUUUCCCUUAGACUAGCUAUGGUUGUGAAGCACAGACAUAUGGAUGCUGUGGGCUAAAAGCCUUCAAUAAUCAACCUCAGCUUGUGUU